AAAAUUUGUUGUGUCAUGUCGCUGUAAUAUUUUUGUAAUAAACCAAACACUGUGAACUCGUCUUAAAUAGAAUAAUUAUCAGCCAUAGUUUGUAACUGAGCUAGAUAACUGUUGCUACGAUCCCACCAUGCAUUGGUACGGCGGCAGCAUCGCGGAAGCGGUGACACUAUCGAAGCAGAGAAAUGCGAUUUUUGUCGUAUUCGUUGAAGGUGAGAACGACCUGUCAGUGGAGAUGGCAGCGACGAUAGACGACGCCGCGGUGCUGAGCCGCCUCUCCGACCAGUCCAACUUCCUGGCGAUCAAGCUGAAGAGCGGCUCGCCCAACUAUAACUACUUCGCACAGAUCUAUCAAUUCGUGCCGGUCCCAUCCCUGUUCUUCAUUGGUCGCAAUGGCAUGCCUCUAGAAGUGGUAUGCGCAGGAGUGCAGGCGAGCAACUUGGCUUUACGGAUAGAUAGGAUCCUUGAGCAGCAUUUCAAAGACAAGCAGCCCUCGCCCACCAGCGAGCAAUCAGCCACGGAACAAGUCCAGCCCUCCACUUCAUCCACCAACCUGAAGGAGCAGACCGGCAGCUUCGUGCAGACUGAGACUGCCGCCAUGGUGACGCAGGCUGCCGAGCCGGUCAAGCAGGCGCAUGAUGAUCAAGCAACAGGUUCACCCCCGCCGAAGAUCCCGAAGGUCGCCCAGGAAUCGAAGCCGUUAACUCCAGACGACAUGGAAUGCGACGGCGACGUGUGCGUGCGGCGGCCGUCCAAGGCGGACGAGGCGGGGCCCAGUCAGGCACCCACUCCUAUUCUGCCCAGCACGCCUGGUUCUGCACAGGCGCCAGAAGUGGCGGCCACGGAGAGUUUGGGCAGCAUGGAGGAGAAGAUGGAACGAGCCAAGGAGCUGAUAGAGGCUCGGCGGAGGGAGAAGGCUGACAAGGAGAAGGAGUUGGAGAAAGAGAAAGAGAUGGAACGGCGCGCCCAGGGUAAAGGUGUGGCAGAACUGAAGCGGUGGCAGGCUGAUCAGGAACUUAAACAGAUACAGGAGGAGCGUCGCCGUGAGAAGAUGGAGAACAACCUGGCGCGGCAGCGGAUCCUCGAGCAGAUCGCGCAGGACCGGCGCGAGCGCCGCGCGAGGGACGCCCCGCCUGCAGCCACUGCAGCCACUGCACCCGCUGCACCCGCCACGCAGACCUCGCCUACCGCAGGCGACGUGGGCACGGGCGCGCGCAUCCAGUUCAAGUUGCCGGACGGCACCUCCCACACCGCGCACUUCCACGCAGACGGCACGCUCGCAGACGUACAGAGAUACGUCGCCGACAACUUGCAGUUAUCAACAUCAUCAUUCGCGCUAUGGACGGCGUUCCCUCGCCGCGAGCUGACGGAAGCCACGGCCAGCCUGCGCGGGCUGCAGCUGGCGCCGUCGGCCGCGCUGCUCGUACUGCCGCGCAGGACGCCGCCCACCGUCGCACGGCCCUCCGCCGUCGCUAGCAUCAUUACAUUCUUCACGCAGCUGUUCACGACUAUGAUCCUGGAACCAUCACAGACGCUCCUAGUUUGGUUGCGCACGCGCCUGUUCCCCCCUCCGGCCACGUCACCCCGUACCCCACGGGCUCCGUCCCCCGCCCCCCCUGCACCUCCUGGCGGGGUGCGACGACGGGGCAACAUACACCGUCUACCCAGUGAUCGCGCCCCCGACGAUGAUAAUAACACAUGGAACGGUAACUCCACACAACAAAUGUAAUUUUAAAUAACUCACAGUCCGCACUAGGGGCCAUUUUUACCAUUUUCGAGCAUACCUCGAUCGAUUUCGGGGUACCUCGAUCGAUUUCGGACCGACACGGGGCCCGUGUUUUUCUUAAAAAGUGAAUUUAAGCAUUCCUAAUGGCCUUAAUGUUUGAGCUGUUUGGUUUCCUAGUGCGAGCGAGGGGGUUUUUUGGAAGAAUCUAGUUGUAAUGCUAGAUCUUGGUCUUACAAUGUCUUAUAAGUUAUAGAUUUAUACUCCAUUAUAAUUAUAAUAUGUUAAAAAUUAUCAAUAUGAGGUGUAAAGUAUGUGUGAACUAGUAAUGCCUCCCGGUUUCGCCCGUUUUCUCUGUUCC